AUGUACCGGAAGUCGGUGGAGGACCCCGAGGGCUUUUGGGGCGAACUGGCGCUUGGUUACCAUUGGCAGACAAAGUUCCCAGCCCGCGGCCACAUGCUCUACAACACCGACGUCCGUCGGGGCCCCAUCAACAUCCAAUUCUUCCGUGGCGGCACCACCAACAUGUCGUACAACUGCCUCGACCGUUGGGUGGCCGCGGGCCGCGGCGACGAGCCGUGCAUCCUUUGGGAGGGCAACGACGAGAAUGAGCGCCGCGCAGUGACGUACCGCCAGAUGCUCGACGAGGUUUGCCGACUGUCGAACUGGCUGAUCUCGGCCGGCGUCAAGAAGGGAGACUCCGUAACCAUCUAUAUGCCUAUGGUCCCGGAGCUCCCCGCUGCCAUGUUGGCCUGUGCGCGUGUCGGUGCCGUACACAGUGUCGUAUUCGCGGGCUUCAGUGCUGAGUCACUGGCGCAGCGCAUCGUUGAUUGCCGGGGCAAGGUGAUUUUGACAGCCUCCGGCGUGAUGCGCGGCACCAAGCCCGUGUUGCUCAAGGCCAUCGUGGACGACGCGGUCAAGCUGGCGGCCAAGUCGGGCCAGCCGGUGACCAAGGUGCUCUGUCUGGAGGUGCCCUCGGCGGUGACCGCGAGUGCCACGUCCUGGGACCCUAGCCGCGAUGUCUGGUGGGGCGAUGUGUCGCCCCACCGCCCGCCCACGUGGCUGGAGGCGGAGGACAGAUCCUUCCUGUUGUACACAUCGGGGUCGACGGGCAAGCCCAAGGGUGUCGUACACAGCGUCGGGGGCUACAUGGUGGGCGUGGGUGAGAGCUGCCGCUACAUGUACGACAUGCGCCCUGGCGACGUCGUUUUCACGACGGCCGACUGCGGCUGGAUUACGGGCCAUUCGUACCUGGCGUACGGCCCGCUGCUGUGCGGCUGUACGGCAGUAAUCAUGGGUGGUAUCCCCACCCACCCUGAUGGCGGCCGCUGCUGGCGUAUGGUGGAGCGUUACAAGGUGCGUGUGUUGUUCUACACGGCCCCAACGCUGCUCAGGUCGCUGCUGCAGCUGGGGGACGCCUGGCCGCGACAGAGCGACCUGAGCAGCCUCCGCAUCCUGGCCUCUGCGGGGGAGCCUAUGAAUGAGCACGCCUGGCACUGGUUCCAUGAGAUGGUCGGGGGUUCUCGGUGUCCCGUAGUCGACACUUGGUGGCAAACGGAGACGGGAAACGGCAUGCUCCUUCCGCUGCCGGCGCCGUGGUUCCAGGCCAAGGCCGGCUCGGCGGGCGUGCCGUUCUUCGGCGUGAUGCCCGUACUUCUAGAUCCCGCAACCGGCACGGAACUCCCCAGCAACGCCCCUGCCGAGGGCGUGCUGGUGUUGCGCGGCGUGUGGCCCGGCAUGGCUCGUACUCUGUACGGCGACCACGAACGCUGGGAGCAGGUCUACUUUGCGCCGUACAAGGGCUACUACUUCGCCGGGGACGGAGCCCGGCGCGACGAGGACGGUCACUACUGGAUCACCGGCCGUGUGGAUGACGUCAUCAAUGUGUCCGGUCACCGUAUCGGAACAGCCGAGGUGGAGAGUGCGUUGACGGAGCAUGCGGACUGCGCAGAGGCUGCCGUCAUUGGUGUUGACCACGCUCUUAAGGGUCAAGCUAUCUACGCCUUCGUAACUCUGCGCGGAGUGGACCACCAAAACAACGCCAUGCGCAAGACGCUCAUGGACCACGUGCGCAAGAGCAUUGGUCCGUUUGCGGUGCCCGACACCAUUCACUGGGCCCCGGCGCUGCCCAAGACCCGCAGCGGCAAGAUCAUGCGCCGCGUGCUGCGCAAGAUCGCAUCAGGUCAGGAGAAGGAGCUGGGGGAUGUGUCCACCCUGGCCGAGCCCGGUGUCGUGGAGAUGCUUAUCGGGCUGCGUGGCAAGUGA